AUGAGCGCUCAACCUCACGACGCAUCCUCAAUCGAGGAUGUCGAAAAGAAGACACCAGAUCAAAACUCUCCUUCGUCAAAAGCUAGUGUGGCUGAGGGUCAGGCAAACUCUCCAAACUCUGAGUAUGAGAGGUAUCUGGACUUGCAUCGACAGUUUGAGGGUGCUGGGAGAAAAAGGCUUUUGCAGAAACUCGAUUGGCGCCUUCUACCCACUCUGAGUGUUCUCUACUUGUUGUGUUCACUGGACAAGUCGAAUGCUGGCAACGCCAAGAUCUUCGGCUUCGUUACAGACGCCAACAUGACUUCAACGCAAUUCAACUUGGGCUUAAUGGUGUUCUUCUUCUCAUACGGUCUAUGGGAACCCGUCUCGAAUGUUCUGCUUAGACGUCUUGGACCCAAGAUUUGGUUCCCUAUAAUUAUAGUAACUUGGGGUACAAUUACGACCUUGACCUGUCUUUGCCGCAGUUUCGGAGCAUUCAUAGCCAUUCGACUUGCCCUGGGAGUCGCUGAGGCGGGCUUGUAUCCCGGAUCUUACUUCAUUUUGAGUAUGUGGUACACGCCUAAGGAACUUGCCACGCGCAUGGCCAUAUUCUAUGGCGCAAAUACUGCAGCUGGCGCCUUUUCAGGUGUCAUCGCGUAUGGCGUUGGCCAUCUCGAUGGUUCUCAUGGCUACACUGCUUGGGAGUGGCUGUUCUUGAUAGAAGGUGUCAUCACUGUUGCUGUUGGUCUCAUGACCAUCUUCUUUCUUCCUCAUUUUCCCCACCAGUACAAUGAGACUCGCAAGACCAGCUGGCUUACCGCCACUGAGCUGGACUACGCCAAGUUGCGAGUGAAGUACGCUUCUGGUCCGGAUGCCCCUACCUACGAAUUCCGCUGGAGUGACGUCUGGGCAGCUGCGCGCGACCGCAAGACAUGGCUCAUGAUGAUGAUGUUCUGGUGGGGAGGUUCCAUUCCGACAUACUCCUUGUCGUAUACUCUGCCGACGAUGGUGAAGAACCUGGGAUAUUCAGCCAUCCGCGCCCAGGCCUUGACCACGCCACCUUACAUUUUCGCCACCAUUGUGUGCAUCUUCAACGGUUGGAUGAGCGAUCACUUUCAGAAGCAUUAUGCCUCGAUAAUGGCAUGCUAUGCUGUUGGUCUUACCGGAAUCAUCAUCUUGUGGAUCAGUGUUCACUUUCCGCAAGUUUCAGGGGUGUCAUACUUUGCGAUAUUCAUCGCAGCCGCUGGUUACAGUGCUCAGGCACCGAUUGUCGGAGCUUGGACUUCCAACAAUAUUCCCAACCCUUCCAAGAGGGCUGCUUCCAUCGGACUUCUGAUGCUUUUUGGCUCUGUUGGUGGUGGCGGUAUUGGCUCCAACAUCUAUCUGGAGGAACAAGCGCCCGUCUAUCCUUUGGGUUUCGGCUUCUCAGUUGGCGCAACUGUUCUCGGGGCAAUGAUCCCUGCUACUAUUCACUGGUGGCUUAUGCGAAGAGAGAAUGAGAGAAGAGCUACUUUGGACCACGGUCAGAUUCUCACUGAACAUAGCCAGGAGGAGCUCAGUAGUAUGGAAGAGAAUUCGCCCCUGUAUCGUUACACUUUGUAG